AUGGAAUUUGAGUUUGAUGAUCAAGAAAGGUUCUGUACGACUCCUAAGCUUCCUCUGUUCUCAACUCCAUUGAACAGGGCAUCGGAGACUCCUGGCCUAGAGACGCCGCCUGUGAACAUCGCCGGAUCGGUCCCGUUUGUAUGGGAGGAAGCUCCGGGAAAGCCACGCGUUUUCGUUGAGAACAAACCGCCGAUGUCCAAACAGAACGCCGGAGGAGGAGUCGUGCGGUGCCUUGAGCUUCCUCCGAGGCUAAUCGUGCCUGUAGCGAAUGAGCCAUCUCCGACCACAGUCCUCGAUGGUCCUUACGUUAUACCUCGCCGGUCUCUUUCGGUGAUAUGGAGAAGCGAAAAAGACUCUGAGGGUAGAUUCGACUUUUCACGUUCCACAAACGGCCGCUGCUGCGACGGUGGUACGACGGUGAAGAUCAGUAGAGUAAGAAGAAAAGGAAGCCUCUUGAAUCUCUCUCAUUCCAAAUCACAGUUUUUGGCAAAGGUUUACAAAGGGUUUAAGCAAGUGAUUCCAUGGAGCCGCAGGCAAGAGAAUCUUCCAAGGAUGAGUUCUUCCAAUAUUUAA